AUGUCGCAGCCUCGUCAUGGUCGCUUCGACGUGGUGAUCAUCGGCUCCGGCUUCACGGGACUGGGUGUGGCCGCUGUCUUCCACAAGAAAGAUCCCAGCCUGCGGAUUGUGUUGGUUUCCCUUGAGGAGAAACCUGGGGGCAUCUGGACUGAAGCUGCCAACACCGUUAAGCUUCACCAACAGACCUACUUCUACGCACUGCCCAACAUCCUCCAUGAUGAUGCCGAGUGCCACAAGAGCUCCGUCCACCAGGCAAUGAGCUACCAGGUCAGAACAUAUGCUGAGAAAGUGGCGCAGACCCUUGGCUGCGUGCUGAUCAAGGGCGAGGUGGUGGGGGUGUCCCUGGACGGAACGCAACGAGUGGUCCAGUAUCGGUCCGAGGGCGAUCUCAGGAGCGUCCAAGGCGACCACGUCAUCCAAGCCACGGGCUUCGACAACUACUCAGGUGUUCCACGGCUACUUGGGCUGCCUCUCGAGGUGCACUCUAGCGCCCUCAACAAGGUCACCGAAAGCCUGCGGGGGAAGCACUGUCUAGUGAUCGGCAGCGGGAAGUCCACAAUCGAUGCUGCAAAGUUCUUGAUCCAGGAAGGCAACACGGUACGGUUCAUUUAUCGUAGUGCCUGUGCCUAUGUCCGAUGGGGCUUCAACAGCCCGCUGAGCAGCAUCCUGCAGUGGCUCCACCCGUUUAUCCAUUUCACGAUGCUGGACGAGAGCGUGACACCAGAGGACUGGAAGUAUGACUAUUCGCAGGACCUCGAUUCCUUGGAUUGGUACAUCGUAGGAGAUCCCAGGACAUGUCAGCAGGUGCGUGAAAAGACCCGUGGAGGCAUCAUCCCGCUCCGCGACUUUCUCCUGAUGAAUCUCCUGCUGCACGGAUAUGGGGUCUGCGGGGAUGCCAGCCAGAUGGAGUUCUGCAAGGAUGCCGAUGGCAUGGUGAGCUGCAGUGCUUUCCCCGGUGAGAAGUUUGAUCAAGUGGUAUCCUGCACGGGCUACAGCGGUUCAAAGAGUCUCUUUCCAUACUGCCUCAGUGCAGUGACUCCAAUCACUGACUUGCAUGUGCACAAUGCGUGGAUGACAGGACACCUGUUGUACCACAUCAUGAAAGACCCGGAAAAGGUGGCGAGCUGGAACGCCCUCGCUAGCCACAAGCACCCUUUCCCCUGGCAUGGGCACUAUGCCAAAGUGCGACAGUGGUGCGCUCUGCACGUCGACCAAGUCAUCACUACAGCCAAGGAAGAGAUCGAUGUGGCCAUGCGAAAGGCCUCAGGGCUGCCUCCCGAAGCCCUCAGAAUCGGCAGCCACCGACUUUUCGCCGUCAACGCCUUGACGCGGCUUGAGCAGCUGAUAGUUUCCUGUUGCAAGCUCUGCGUGACGGCUAUGUGGCGCUUCACUCCGCCUUUGCUGAGUCGCGGCCUGCUGGCGCUGUGCUGGGGCCACCAUGGGCUGCCAUGA